GGUAGCGGUGAGCCGAGCGCGGCCCGAGGCGCGUCCGGAAGGUGCCGAGGCUAGUGCGGAAGGUGCCGAGCGGGUCCGGAAGCCGCCGGAGCGGGCGGAGGGAAGGCAGCGGCGCCACACAAGAUGGCGGACGGGGAGGAGGUGACUCUGGACGGGAGGCCGCUCCACAUGCUGCGUGUCGCAGACCUCAAGGCGGCUCUGGAGCAGCGCGGUCUGGCCAAGAGCGGCCAGAAGAGCGCGCUGGUCAAGCGGCUGCGCGGGGCACUGAUGCUCGAGAACCUCCAGAAGCAUUCAACACCACACACCACCUUCCAGCCCAACUCGCAGAUUGGUGAGGAGAUGAGCCAGAACAGUUUCAUCAAGCAAUACCUGGAGAAGCAGCAGGAGCUGCUACAGCAGCGGCUGGAACGAGAGGCAAGGGAGGCAGCUGAGCUGGAGGGUAAAGCCUGUUCCAUUUCCCACGAGAGGGAAGACUCUGACGAGGACGGGGCCAGGCGCCAGGAGCGUCGCUCCACCCGGGUGAAGCAGGCCCGCGCUGCUAAGCUCCCGGAGAGUGCCCAGGCCGGGGGCCGGGAUGAGCGAGAGGUGCCCCCCAGGGGUCGGCGGGGUGCAGCCCGACCAUCUGUCAAGGCAGCCACUGAGGAAGAUGAGGAGGAGGAGGAGGAAGAGGAGGACGAUGAGGAGGAGGAGGAGGAGGAAGAAGAAGAGGAGGAAGAGGAGGAGGAUGUCAAGGAACAGCCCAGGGCCCUGGCCCCUGUGCAACAAAGCGGGGCGGCUAGUCUGGGAGUGCCCCCAGAGACCGAGGACCUGCCAGCCCCAGCCCUGUCUGCAUUGCCUCAGCUGCCGGACCGGGCUGCCUCUCCUAUCCCUGUCCCCCUAGAGCCAGCUAUUUUCAGCUCCUCAGGGCUUCAGGAAACGGGGCAGCCUGUUGCCUCAGAACCAGAGGGGGCCCCAUUGGCAGGGCUGCCUGACACAGGUGUAACCAGCCCUAGUCCCCCUGAGCUCCCUGAGAGCAGAGCAGUGCCAGCCCCCCAGGAGCCAGGGGCACCCCCAUCCACAGGCCCCCAAGAGAUGGAGGUGGCUGGUUCCCUGAUGACCCAGACCCAGGCUUCCCCUGUGGGGCCAGUCAUGGCCCCCAGCCCAGGCUGUGAGGUGGUGAAGGAAGCCAGGCUCCAGGAUGGGAAGAAGGGCCCUGAGGAAAAGGGCCUAGAGGGCCCCCCUGAAAACCUAGCAGAAGAGGGGUCAUCCAUCCCUGCCCCCAUAUCUACACCCAUCCUCUUGCUGGAAGCAAGAGGGUCCCCGUCACCCCCCCGGCUCACAGAAGGAGCAUCGCAGCUGGCCACCCCUGGGGAAGAAGAGCCCCCUCCCCCACUCUUGACCAAGGAGCCCCCUGCCACUCAGGAACGGCUGUCAGGGAACCCCGGCAUCGGGGAUGGCUCGCCCUCCCCGCCCCCCCGGCGCCGACGGAGAACCCGCUCAGAGUCCUCAUCCUCCUCAGACUCCGCCUCCUCGCGGGCCAGCUCAGCAUCUCGCUCUCGCUCCCGGUCCCGAUCUCACUCCAGCAGCAGCAGGAAGUCCCAGAGCCCCAUCGCCUCCGGUGUCAGCACCAGCUCCCCACACACCAAAGAACCCUCCCUGCUGGGGGACAGCCAGAAGUUGGGGAGUCCUGGGCCGGAGGGGGGCCCAGCUCCCCACGGACCACCCAGCCAGGCCCAGCACCACAGCCCGGACUCAGAGAGGGGCAGCCCGGGGACACCCAGCUCCUCUUGGCCGGGGGGCUCCACUGGGGACGGCCCCGGGGGGGGGUCCGAGCACCCGUCAGAGCAGAGGCAGCACGAGAACAGUGAGGAGCAGGGGCUGCCUAUGGAGACUGAAGCCAGCCCUGAGGAGCAUCCCCCAGCCCAGCCCCCUGGCCCCGAUGACCGCCCCGAUGGGGGCCCUGAGGAUGAGGAGAAGAAAGAGAGCUCAGCCCAGCCCAAGGCCUUCAAGAGGAAGAUCUCCGUCGUCUCGGCUGCCAAGGGGGCGGCAUCAGGGAACAGCGACACAGAGGGCGGCCAGCCUGGGGGGCGCAAGCGGCGCUGGGGGGCCAGCACAGCCAGCACCCAGAAGAAGCCGUCCAUCAGCAUCACCACCGAGUCGCUCAAGAGCUUAAUCCCCGAGAUGAAGCCAGCUGCAGGGCAGGAGGCUGUGGUGGAUCUGCAUGCCGACGACUCCCACAUUUCAGAGGAUGAGGGCGACCGUCAUGGGGAACCGGCCCCCCAUGACAAGGGCCUCAAGAUCUGCCGCACCGUCACACAGGUGGUGCCAGCUGAGGGGCAGGAGAAUGGGCAGGGUGAGGAGGAAGAGGAAGAGGAGAAGGAGCCAGAGGAAGAACAGGCUGAGGCCCCGCAGGCUACAGUAGAGUCGACACUGCCCCCACCUAUUGAGCAUGAGGUCAAAAAAGUGACACUGACCGACACGCUGACCCGUCGCUCCAUCAGCCAGCAGCGCCUGGGUGUCUCCAUCACCAUUGACGACCCUGUGCGCACAGCCCAGUUCCCCUCGCCGCCCCGCGCCAAGCCCAGCCACAUUGUCCACAUCUGUAACCUGGUGCGUCCCUUCACCCUGGGCCAGCUGAAAGAGCUCCUCAGCCGGACGGGGACACUGGUAGAAGAAGGGUUCUGGAUUGACAAGAUCAAGUCGCACUGCUACGUCACGUACUCCACCCUGGAGGAGGCUGUGUUGACCCGCAACUCCCUCCAUGGGGUGAAGUGGCCACAGUCCAACCCCAAAUUCCUCUCUGCUGACUUUGCCGAACAGGAUGAGCUGGACUUCCACCGGGGGCUGCUGGCAGAGCGGCCAGCAGAAGCCAAAGCAGAGGAGGCCGGGAUGCCAGGGGCAGGGCCCCCCCGGAGCGCACGGGAGCCCCCCGGGACAGGCACGAGCACAACUUCAGCACGGCGCUCAGCCCCACAGGAGCCAGAGCGGGCAGUGCGAGAGCAGUGGGCGGAGCGGGAGCGAGAGAUGGAGCGGCGGGAGCGCACACGGGCCGAGCGCGAAUGGGACCGCGACAAGGUGCGCGAGGGGCCACGCUCCCGGUCCCGGUCCCGCGAGCACCGUCGCAAGGAGCGCCCAAAGUCCAAGGAGAAGAAGGGCGAGAAGAAAGAGAAGCCCCCUGAGGAGCCUCCUGCCAAGUUGCUAGAUGACCUCUUCCGCAAGACCAAGGCAGCUCCCUGUAUCUACUGGCUGCCCCUGACGGACACCCAGUUUGUGCAGAAGCAGGCAGAGCGGGCGGCACGGGCACGCGAACGAGAACGGCGCCGCAAGGAGCAGGAGGAGGAGGAGCAGCGGCAGCGAGAGCGCAGCCGCCAGGCUGAGCGGGAGAGGGAGCGAGAGCGCGAGAAGCGGCGAGAGCACAGCCGGGAGCGGGGAGCUGGCGGGGAGCGAAGUGCCCCAAGCGGGGUGGGGGCCACUGAGAGGAGCGCCCGCGAGCGGGACCGGCGGGACACCAAGCGGCACAGUCGCAGCCGUAGCCGCAGCACCCCGGUGCGGGACCGUGGGGGGCGCCGCUGAGACCUCCCCAAACGCCCAUCCCCGUGCCUAGCCCCAGGGAGGGGAGCUGGGAGGGGGUGGCCCUAGCCCCCUCACUCAGUCGCGGGCUGCUGGGUGUGGAUGGCCCUGUGCCUUCCCCUACCCCCAGAUCUUGCCCCAGGACAGGCCCCAUCUUGGGGCAGCCCCUCCUCCCCCCCCCCCCCCAUUUGCCCCUCCCCCAUCUGGGGGGCAGCCAUGGGCUCCCCUCCACCUUAAUUUGUAUUUUAUUUUGGGAAAAGACAAAUGUUUUUGUUUUUUGGGGGGUUUAUUUUGUUGGGUUUUUUUAUUUUUAUUCUGCUGUCGCUGGAAAUGAGAUAAAUAAAGAGUUGGCGUUAGUUUCAUA